AUGUUUCGUGCUACCGGACCCCUCGCUGCAAGUCACCUCAACGAUUUCGGCUCUACUCUCGCAGAAACUAUGGCACCAGUUUACAGCGAAAGCCCGAGGCUAGACUCAAGGCGCAAGCAAACUCUUCUCAGUCUUCUUGAUGCUUUGCACGAGUUAAGUCAAGACGACGUGCUCGGUCGAGAUCUGAACCAGAGUCCAAGUUUCGAGGAUGAUAGAGAUGUUCCUACCGUCGACGAGCACCUGCAAGUAGCUGGAGCAGAGUCGUUCAACAGAUUUCAGAAGAAGGUAAACAAUCUGGAUAAAGAGCUCAGGAAUUUUGCCAACGCAUCUCGCCAACUGGGUAGUUCAGUCGGCAUUCUCUCAUCUGCAUUCCGUCUGCGGGAACGCCUAGCUCAAAUCCUCUUCUUAUUUCGGGAAAAUGCAGCGAAUUUAUUCCCUCGUAAAGUCUCACGUCAACCUCGCGAAUCUCUGGUUAAUCCGAAUAUCAUGGAUCGGCGAAAGAAACCUGCUCGCCGCAAAAAGACACCGCCCGGUGUGGGACGGCCCGUCGUGGAUGAUACUUUGGAUUCAGAACUUUUCCCAGAGCAGCUCCAGAGCUUUGCGACCGAUGUUAUGACGUUUCUAAAUUGCCUUAACGAGUUUCCAGAAUUCACAGAUGAAGCUGUCAAUGCUUCCAUACGAUCUUUUGAAGGUGAUCUAAUGUAUUGGGCAUCUUGUCUUCAAGCAUACAAAGGACAAUUCAAAUAUCCUGCUGUACAGCGGUAUAUCCACGAUCUUACCGCGGAAAUGGGGGAACAUAUUGAUAGCAUCAGCAGUACCAUGUCAAUGUUCAUUGAGAUUGGUGUCCCUACUAUUCGCUUCGCACAAAAGCACGGGGCUUCUAACUUACUGAAUCUCUCUACUGUUGCGACAUUCUUCUCUGCUGUCACGGCCACUACCCUUCAAUUCUCGUAUAGCCAAACUGGUGAUGUGAUCUCGGACUCGGUCAAUGCGUUUUGGUUCUCCUCUCUGGUUUUUAGCAUAGCGGCUGCCGUGAACAGUUUACUUGGCCUUACCUGGAAGCAAGCAAUGUAUAGGUCACCUGGUCAUCGGGUCCCUUGGUGGGUGCUGAUAUGGAUUAAACGCUCUCCUCUUGUGUUUCUUGUGAUGUCCGUGGCCUGCUUCUCCGCUGGGCUCGUGCUGUUCACGUAUUCCUCGAAUCAGGGGCGCGUUACCUCCACUAUCACCACAGUGUUCACCGCGUUUACUUCAUUCGGCCUCGCAGCCGUAUCGGCAUGGUUUGCUUCUGAAAAAUGGAUUUUCGUUCACCACCGCGGUCAAAAGUGGCUUUCAGAUGUCUUAACUGACUCAUCAUCGCACUUUUUUCACCUUCGCAUUGUUGUAGUUCUGAAGUCUGCCUUCUCAUGGAGCAACGGGCGCCUACGUGCGGCGGGUCACUCGCUUCGCAGAAUGCCUUCACUAACAGCCAGCCUUCUGACACCAGGUACAGAGAAAGCAGAGGAGAAGUUGACGGGGAACUCGAUCUUGCCCAUCUCUCGUACGCCCGAGCCGCUAUCUCCUGUGAGGGAAACCAGCCAUGAUGAUAUUGGGUCAUUUGGGCCCCCUGACGUGUGCUCACGCCCUGGUUCUCCGGGGUCAGAGCAAAGUGAUCAGGCAUCUGAAUGUCCUCCUAGCCCCAGGGAUCGUCUCACACAUGCCAUUCGGUCCGUCAUCAUGUUACAAGCAGCUUCCGCUCCCAUGGGACCUUUUGCGCCUCGCCAACGGACGAUGUCGUCGACGUUAACAGGAAAAGGAUCUGACAUAUCUCGUGGUCGGACCUCUUUGGAACCCUCCAUGUCAAUGCGUGGAUCUCGUGUCGCUACUUUGAUCCCAAAACUCAAGAGCUUAGUAGCUACACAGGACUUGGUUGCUCACACGGCUCUUGUUAGACAUCUACAGUUCUCACCUAAUGGUAAAUUCUUGGCAACAUCCAGCUGGGACAGAACGUCUGUCAUAUUCCGUAUCGGGGAUCCUCACGCUUCUCAUCGUACCCUUGCGCAUGCCCAAGGCUUUGUUAGUCAAGUAGCCUGGUCACCUACAGGUCACCUUCUACUCACAAAGCUCAAUCGUGGUAUCAAAGUUUGGACAGAGGAAGGAGUUUGUAAGAAGACCAUAGACCGUCACCGCGCUGUACAGUCUAUAGCCUGGCUUCCUGGGGGUGAAGAAGCAUUCCUGUCUGUCGAGGGAAGUGAAGUGAUCAAGCUUGACCUCGAUGGCAAAGUAUUGGAUGUCUAUGGAUUUCAAAGGAUGAUGUUUCAUGAUAUCGCUGUCACCCCUGACUCUCAACGGUUGCUUGGCGUUGGACCACUGUUAACUUCUCCGAGUGGACUACAACCUAGUAAAUCCAGAGUAGAGAAGCAGCUUCUAGUGUAUAACAUGGAAACAAAGCAGGUCGAGAAUCAAACACCUGUGCUCAGCGAUGUGCGGCAUAUAACGCUAGCUCACAGUGGCCUUGUAGCGCUGGUAUCUUAUGAGAACAAGGCUCCUCCACAACUUUGGAAAUUAGAAAUGAUCAGAGGACAAAUGGAUAAUACAGUGACGACUGCCCGACUCACGCUACGACAUACCUACAUGCCAAAUGUGCCUGUUGACUUUGCUGGUCCUAGCUACUUCGGAGGUAAGGACGAUCAGCUGGUACUCUGCGCUGGGAAGGCCGGUGAUAUACACAUCUGGGAUCGAGAAUCUGCUGUUCUGCUCCACCAUGUCCGAGCUCAAGCAUUAGGUGGUGAUCUAACAUGUAUAGCCUGGAACCACGCUGCCGACAACCCAUUCAUGUUUGCGACUGGAAGCCACGAUGGUGCCGUUAGAAUUUGGACAUCCAGUCGCGAAUUCCGCCCAGGCGACAGCGGCAUCUUACCUUUGGUGGAACAACCUAUGCCCUACACGUCGACACCACGCUCUAUGACACUAGCUGACAUGGUUUUCCGCACAGAUAGCUCCCUUCCCCAUGGAGAAUACACGUCGCAGCCACUGACACUAAGCCCUACCACGGAAGAAGACGGAUUUCAAUUUGGAGGAUCGGUGUCAUUUGUCCCUCCUGAAGCUCCAGAUAUAGCGUGA